AUGGAAAUACAAACUUUUAAAUAUAUCACCAUCGCUCCAAACACUCUGGUUCUAACGAACUUAAACUACACGGGUGACACCUUUCGUCUGGAUUCUAGAGUGAAUGACAAGACCUCUAUAUUCACUUGUGGAUAUUCCACCGUUUUUCUUAAUAAACUGAUUAUUAACAAUCAUAACAAUGUAUAUUUUUACAACAUUCGUCUUUUAAUAACUACACAACUCUCUGCCUCGGAAACAACGCUUACCUUUGAAGAAUGUUCAAUAUUGGCUCCAAGAUUAGACUUUUUCGGUCAAUCUAAAAUUAGUAUUCUAAACUCCACGUUUGAAAACCAGACAUUGAUAAAUUCAUUCUCAAACAAUGCCUACAGUGGUAGUAUAUAUAUAAAUAAUACAAUCUUUAAAGAUUUUAUUUCAUUCAAUUACUAUACAAAUUUAAUCGUUGAAAAUACAUAUUCAAUUAUUUGCAACUGUACUUUCUCUGCACAUAGUAUUGUCAAUAGCUAUAAUGGCACUAUUGAAAUCAAGGGUUAUGUAAUAAAUGUAGUGACAACCUCAUUUCUCAUUCAAGCAAACUAUAACUCUGUUGUGUUAUUCAAUGGUACAGAUAUUAAAAACUCAAUAACCAUACUUUUAAAUGAUUCUAAAAUUUUAUUUGCGAAUAAUAAUAGGAUAACAAAUGCAAGACUUAAUAUAAAGACUAUUUCAGAGAGUAUUAUUUCAUAUUCCCAGGAUGGUAUGCAAGGCUAUUUGGAGUUGGUUUCUGGAUCGGUGUUAAGCAUCCAAGAUUCAUCAUUCAGCUUUGACAAUUUAAAUAUCAAAUUAAAUUCAAGUACUCUUGAAUCCUCCGGUAACCUCUCACUUAUUGAUAAUAUUUCGUUUAUUGACUCUGUAUUGAAACCAUCAUGUUAUCAGGAUAGUUGUCAAAUUCAUGUUUUUGGUAUUACAAAACUGUCGCUAAGAGUUCCAAUUAAAAUCAAUGUCCCAUUAGUUCAUCUAAUAGAUAUUAAAAGUGAUGACUUUGAUGGUAUUGUAAAUAUAGAAAUUCAAAAUAGAUCCUAUAUUAACAAUACAGACCUCGAAUAUACCGUUGUCAAGUUUAGUGAUCAAUCGAUAUCGCUCAAUCCCAACAUAAAAUUGAAAUUUGAAUUUUCAAUGACCUCCAACUCAUCAGAUAACAACCCAUCGACCAACGAAACAGUCUAUUACCUCGAUAAAUAUUACUUGAACAAUCAGACAUUUGAAUUAAAGUUAAAAUUUGUUGCCAUCGUCAAAGGAAUUCCUACUAAUUCUCCAUGCAUAACACCUACUCCCACGAAGCCGCAGGUGGAAACAAACAGUGGUGAAUCACCACUCUCUGCCAUUGUCAUUGCAGUUGUAGUCUCAGUGUCGUCGGUCCUGAUUUUAUUGAUUGUGGUUAUCAUCAUCUACACUUUCAAGCUGAGGAAAAUGAGACAAACAAAAUUUGUCAAGGAUAAAAAGAAUAUUGAAUUUCUUGUGUUUGGUUGA